AACGGCGGGAAACAAGCGGCGUCGGGAAGAUGGUUCAAAUCCCCGUGGUGCUGCAAAGAUGUAGCUCGAAGCCUGAGUGGGUUUUGAUGGAGCUGCAGGGUGAGAUCGAAGCACGGCAUGAAACUGGCCUGGCUGGGAGCCUGAUGGGAGAUCUGCACUACAGCUGUAAGGGAGUGCCGAUUCUGAUCAUUGGCCACCAUAUCCUGUAUGGUAAGGUCAGUCACCUGGAGAGGCCAUUUGCAGUACUCCUGAAACAGACUGUGAGAAGAACAGGUGCUGAAAGCCCAGUGGAAGCUCACAGUCUUGCUGAAAGAGAUAGUGAAGAGCACACUUCCACCUGCUACACAGUGACUGCACUAAUCAAGAAAAAGAUCAUCUUCAAAACCCGUCCAAAGCCAAUCAUUACCAACGUGCCCAAAAAGCUGUAGUGGCAUUGAACCAGGCCUGUACAACAGGGGCAGUAGACUCUUCCAAAGCUUUGGGUCAAGACAAGGUGGUGUGGGUACCUGGACGGUAGAUGUUAAGCAACACUGUGUGUCAUACUGCUUGCUUCAAUUCUUGUGCAAUGCCUGAGUUUGUUUCCUCUGUUUGUUUACACCUUGAGGAGAAGAAUAGAUCCUUUGAAUUCUGAACUGUGUUUAAAGUAGAUGUUAUUACAUGCUACUAUUUUUUGUCAUUUAUAACAAAA